AUGCCAGAGAAAUCCCUUGCUAGCCCAGAGGGUCCCGCUCUCGAUCAACCUACCACCAAUAUAUCCAAUAUAGCCAAGAUGAGCGAACACGAUCUGCAGAAGAUACAAGAUCAGUAUGACGUGGAACGCAAGAAACGCCUGCGCCCUGACGGACCAACCCAAUAUGUGGGCUUGACCGAUGAAUCCACGAAAAGUGUUCAUUCGAACGGAAAUAUCGCGAUCGACAACAAUCUGCUCCAGCAGAAGAAUGUCCGGGUCCUCAUUAUCGGUGCUGGGUUUGGAGGACUGCUGUUCGCAGUGCGACUGCUCCAGUCGGGAUUUCUUCGUGCGAUUGAGAUCCUCUUCGUGGAUACAGCAGGUGGCUUUGGAGGAACGUGGUGGUGGAACAAAUAUCCCGGCUUAGCCUGUGAUGUCGAAGGUUACACUUACAUGCCCUUGCUAGAGGAAACAAAGUACAUGCCGUCGCAAAAGUAUGUCACCGGGCAUGAAUUGAGAGAACACGCGAAUCGCAUUGCCAGUCAAUGGAAUCUCAGUGAACGGGCUUUGUUUCAGACUGUAGUCAACAAGUUGGCUUGGAAUGACCAGGAUUGUCAAUGGACAAUUCAUAUCACACCAUAUGGCCAGUCACCCACUGCAAUACAAUCUGAUUUUGUCAUUUUGGCUACCAGGUUGCUGAAUUCCCCGAAAAUACCAAAAUUGGACGGGCUUGAGACCUACAAGGGGAAGGUUUUCCACACCUCGCGCUGGGACUAUGAUUACACUGGAGGAAGUCCAAGCAGCCCAACCAUGCAUAGACUACAAGACAAGACAAUUGGAUUUGUCGGAACCGGUGCAUCUGCCAUCCAAGCGAUCCCACACCUUGCCCAGUGGGCAAAGAAAGUGAUUGUGUUUCAGCGCACACCAUCUUCUGUAGAUUGGCGUCACAACCACUCCACAGAUCCCACCUGGUGGGCGAAAAUGGUCCAAGAAGGAGGCUCUGGGUGGCAACGAGAUCGCAUGGAGAAUUUCAACGCCUUCCCCUCGAACGAGAAUCCGCUCCCAGAUGUAGACCUUGUCGAUGAUGGUUGGACGAACAUGCCGUCGUUCAGUGUACUGAUCGGAAGUCCCUCCGGCCUUGACCCGGACCAUCUGACGCGGAUGCAUCAAUUGGAUUUGCAUCGUCAAGAGGCGAUCCGCCGUCGCGUGGAAACCACAGUGACCGAUCAAGCGACUGCUCGUGUUCUGAAGCCUUGGUAUCCUGGGUGGUGCAAACGGCCGUGCUUCAGUGACGACUUUCUCACGGCAUUCAACCAGCACAAUGUUUUCCUGGUGGACACUAAUGGAAAAGGGGUUCGGACUGUGACAGAUCGAGGGAUCUUGGCAGGGGACCAAGAGUAUGAAGUGGAUGCCAUCAUUUUUGGAACAGGCUACAGUCUUGGAGGUUGUGGGGAUCUGACUAUCACCGGACGGAACAACCAGAUCCUGCAGGACAAAUGGCAGAAGGGACUGACUUCACUCCAUGGAGUGAUGACCAAUGGGUUUCCUAACCUGUUUUUCCCGGGUCCGUAUCAAACAGGAGCGUCCGCAAACCAGGUCUAUGUUCUCGACCAGCUUGCCGUUCAUGUCGCCCACAUCCUUUCGGAAUCUGGCAAGUUAACUUCGGAGGCUGGAAAUUUAACUUCGGAAGCCGACAAGUUGAAUUCGGAAGCCUGCAAGUUGAACUCGGGACGAAACUCAAAUGUCACCGUUGCCGGGUUUACUAUUGAGCCUAGCUCUCGCUCGGAAGGAGAAUGGACUGCCAAGGUUUUGAUGAGAGCACGAGCACUGGGGGGUGUUUUGAAUUGCACUCCGGGGUACUUCAAUCGGGAAGGACUCCAAUUUGACGACCUUGAAGCCUUGUGGGCGGCACACUUCAGUAUCUGGGGAGAGGGGAUUAAGAGUUAUGUGAAAGAGAUUGAGGACUGGCGACAGACGGGUGGGUUGGUCGGACUUGAUAUUCAGUCUCUACAUGGCGCGUAG